GCAGGUAACUUUCUUCUAAGCGCACUCAGGUAUUGCUAACAUUGGUGCCCCACCAUUAUCCCUCAACUCAAAAGUGUAGUCUUCAUGUGAACUUUAGGCUAGCAGCAUAAACAUCCACGACUGUAGCGCUAAAAACUGCAACAGUUUUCACUUUACUGACCUUAUUCCAUGUUAACCACCAGAAUAGCUGACAUUUUACCUAUAGUGUACAUCAUUUCUACUCCUAUUUUUUUCAAUUAUUGCUUUUUUUUUUUUUUCUUUUUUGUUGUUGUUGUUACAAAAGAUUCAGUGUCAGUGAGGGUCAAAGAAAAUCUCCAAAUGAUAUGUCAGAAAACCAUGUAGGUGGUGUAAAUUUCUACUCUCAGUCUGGCCAGGACUGAGUUGCCCAGCAAAACCAAAAAGUAGAGCGUUUGAUUUAAAAAUAAACCUUAUCACAGAAUCUCCAAGUAACUCUACAGGUUCUGAGUUUCCAUAAAACCAAGAAAAAUAUUCAUCCAUUUUCUGUGUGGCAGACUUGCUGUAACUGUGUGGCUUUGUUCGGUGAUAAACAGUUCUCGUGUACAGUAAUACAUGCAUAUGAUUUCCUGAAAAUUGAGAUGGCAGGAAGUGGUUUUCUGCUCAAUAGCGAAAGUAUUUAGAGUUCAAACUUCAUUUUACAGAAAUGGAGCUCAAGGAGGGAAAGAAGGUAAUUGUUAUUGUGUAUUUAUAUGAUGUAAGAAUAACCAUAAACAAUUGUUUUUGACCGAAAAGAUGUGCCUCAAUUCUGAACAUCUUUGUACUUGUAGCACAUUUUGGUACAUGCGCUUGUGACAUAACAUACACAGGAGCAUGGUGGAGGAAAAUAAACAUGGGGUCUGCUGUCUCGUGGACUGCAAGAGAAAAUAAGGAUCUGCUCAUUUAUGAGAAUUGUCAGCUUGCUUUAUUACACACUAGACUCCUGUCUGCAGUGUGUUUGUGUUUUACUUCCUGUUCCAGGUGUGAAGUUUUUGUCUUUCAGUGUUGCCGGUUUCUCUCAGAUGCACUGAAAAUGAGGGAUCUGCAUCAAGAGGAUUACAGAGCAGAGUCUCCAGGAUCCAGCUGUCUAUCUAUGAAGAGUGACUGGUCCAAAGCUCAGCCUCCAGUGUUCAACACUGAACCUGGACCCUCAGACACUAAAGGUCAACACCACAUACACAUCACAUCAUCUGCAGAAUCUAGCUGUGUGUCUGCGAAGAGUGACUGGUCCAAAGAGCAUAAUCCAAACUUCAGUGAUGAACCCGCCACCUUAGACAAACAAGAGAAGAGUUAUGUUAGUGUGGAGGAGCAGCUAUCCUACUGUGCUUUGUGUCAGGACAUCCUGAAGCAUCCAGUCUCUACCAAUUGUAGACACUGGUUUUGCAGACAAGGGAGAGACUCCUUGUGUCCACAGUGUGGAUGCAAGUCCAAAGUGCAGACCGCCAGUCAGAGAGGUUGUGCUCAAAAUGUUGGCCUGCAAGAGGUUUUAGAUGAACAUAAGAUCAGUCUAAGGAGGAGAUGUGAACAUGUGACUGAAGGAAGUGAUGAAACAGGAAGUGGGACUCUGCUCAACAGGAUCUACACUGAGCUUUACAUCACAGAGGAACAGAGUGAAGAGGUUCAUACCCAACAUGAGGUGAGGCAGCUGGAGACAGCUUCCAAGACCAUCCAUGACACUCCAAUCAGGUGCCAGGACAUCUUUAAAGCUUUAGCUGACCAACAGAGACCCAUUAGAGUUGUUCUAACAAAUGGCAUUGCCGGCAUUGGAAAAACAUUCUCAGUGCAGAAGUUCACUCUGGACUGGGCAGAAGGUUUGGAGAACCAACAUGUCAGUGUAGUGAUUCUGCUUUCAUUCAGGGAGCUGAACCUGAUCAGAGAUGAGCAGUACAGUCUUCUGGAGCUGCUCCAUGUUUUCCAUCCAACAUUACAGAAGGUCACAGCAGAGCAGCUCGCUGUCUGUAAACUUUUGUUCAUCUUUGAUGGCCUGGAUGAAAGCAGACUUUCAUUGGAUUUCACCAACAGGAAGCUCGUGUCUGAUGUCACACAGAAGUCAUCAGUCAGCGAGCUGCUGACAAACCUCAUCGAGGGGAAUCUGCUUUCUUCUGCUUUCAUCUGGAUAACUUCCCGACCUGCAGCAGCCAAUCAGAUCCCUCCGAUAUGUGUGGACAGGGUGACAGAAGUACGAGGCUUCACUGAUGCCCAGAAGGAGGAGUACUUCAUGAGCAGAUUCAGUGAUGAAGAGCUGUCCAGCAGAAUCAUCUCACACAUGAAGACAUCCAGGAGCCUCCACAUCAUGUGUAGAAUCCCAGUCUUCUGCUGGAUCACUGCUACAGUUCUGGAGCACAUGUUGACUACAGAGCAGAAAGGAGAGCUGCCCAAGACCCUGACUGACAUGUACUCACACUUCCUGCUGGUCCAGACAAAGAGAAAGAAGCACAAAUACCAUGAGGGACAUGAGACAAGUCCACAGGAGCUGAUGGAGGCUGACAGGGAAGUUCUCCUGAAGCUGGGGAGGCUGGCCUUUGAACAUCUGGAGAAAGGAAACAUCUUAUUUUACCAAGAAGACCUGGAGCAGUGUGGUCUGGAUGUCACAGAGGCCUCAGUGUACUCAGGAGUUUGUACAGAGAUCUUCAAAAGAGAGUGUGGUAUCUUCCAGAAACCAGUCUACUGCUUUGUUCAUCUGAGCAUCCAGGAGUUUCUGGCUGCUGUCUACAUGUUCCACUGUUACAGCAACAGGAAGGAAGAGGAGCUGGAGAAGUUUCUGAGAAAUGAUUUUCCUGAUUUAUUUACCGAUGAUUUUGAUGAUGGCAUGGCCAUCUAUUUUCAAGAGGACUUUCUGUCCACUGUCAUGCAGAAAUCUCUCCAAAGUAAGAAUGGCCACCUGGACCUAUUUGUCCGCUUUGUUCAUGGCCUGUCACUAGACUACAACCAGAGACUCUUAGGAGGUCUGCUCAAUAAGACAGAGUACAGUCCAGAAAUCAUCCAGAGAGUCAUCAAUAAUCUGAAAAAGAUGAAGAGUGGUAAAAUCUCUCCUGAUAGAAGUAUCAACAUCUUUCAUUGUUUGAUGGAGAUGAAUGACCUCUCAGUACAUCAGGAGAUCCAAGAGUUCCUGAAGUCAGAAAACAGAUCAGAGAAGGAACUCUCUGACAUCCAUUGCUCAGCUCUGGCCUACAUGCUGCAGAUGUCAGAGGAGGUUCUGGAUGACCUAGACCUGAAUAAGUAUAACACAUCAGAGGAGGGACGGCGAAGACUUAUUCCAGCUGUAAGGAACUGCAGAAAGGCACGGCUUUCUAGCUGUGAACUCUCAGAAAGUCACUGUGAAAUUGUCGCAUCAGCUCUGAAGUCCAGUCCCUCCCAUCUGACAGAACUGGACCUGAGUGGAGCCAAACUCCCUGAUUCAGCUUUGAAGCAGCUGUUUACUGGUCUAGAGAGUGCAAACUGUAGGCUGGAGACUCUAAGUUUAUGGGAUUGCAGUUUGUCAGACAUCAGCUGUGCUGCUCUGGUGUCUGCUCUCAAGUCCAACCCCUCCCAUCUGAAAUAUUUGGACUUGAGUCUCAACAAACUGCAAGAUUCAGGAGUGAAACACCUAUGUGAUUUUCUUCAGAGUCCACACUGCAGAUUGGAGACUCUGAGAUUGUAUCGUUGCGGUUUGUCAGUGAUCAGCUGUGCUGCUCUGGUGUCUGCUCUCACGUCCAACCCCUUUCAUAUGAAACAUCUUGACCUGAGCUACAACAAGUUGCAGAAUUCAGAUGUGCAGCACCUGCUUGAGCUUCUGAAGAGUCCACAAUGUAGACUGGAUCUUAGGAUCUGAGAGUGAUGUCAUUUUGGUAAACAAGACAGCGUGUGUGCCAAGAGAGGAUAAGCUGUGUCUUGAUGAUGUUGAAGUAGCAAUGUUCUGACUGGGCCAUGUUACUGGGAGGUUGAGUGGAGAGCAGAGCUUCAUCCAGCAGUGACUGACAGAGGAGUCAUCACCUCACAGAAGCUGUUUCUUUCAGGUGAAGAUAGAUAAUCCAUCACUAAAGUGUUUCAGGAGUCUCAGAGGUUUAUUUCCACUGUGGACUUGAAUGACAUCUGCAGGUUUGAGACUAAAAAUCUCUGCAAGUGUGAGCUUCUAGCUCAGCAAGUUCAGUCCAACAUGUUGAUAUGAGACCUGAAAGGAAGCUGGCUACACUACACAGCUCCUCCCCGACUAGGGAUGGGUACCGGUUCUGACAUAAACGGUAGUAACCAGACCGAAAAGCAGCGCACAUUUCGGUGCUUUAUUUCGGUGCUUUAUUUCGGUGCUUUUUUUUUCCUGAGCCA